CUCCAUAUUCCGGAUAAUACUAAUACCUCGACCUUAUCGAUGGUUCCAGAUCAAAAUCCACAAAUUAGUCCAGAAUGGAUAGAUGUUGCUGUAGAUGUUACGGAUGAUGGAAUCACUCCACGGAUGGUAGCAGAAAGUGUUCUUCCAAAUGAUGAUAUUGCUAUGUUAAGAAACUUUGUUAAACGAGUUUAUCGUCUUCCAGAAGAUGCCCCAUCUACAUCUGCUGCACGGGAAACCACUACUCAAGAUCGUGGAGAUAUGGAUGGAGUCGCUGCCGAAGUUCCAGUCCAAACAUUGAAUUCCAUUGAUGCUAUAGAGUCUCAUACGAAUGCAAAGGGACUGUAUGGGAAAGCAUUCCCUCAUUUAAAUGCAUUAGUUGAGAUAUUUGCUGAAGAUAGGGCAAAUGGCAAAGGGGCUGCUUCACUUGUUGAAGAGCUAGAAGAGAUAGAGAAAGAAGACGAACAAGAAAAGGAAGAAGAAAAUCAGCAUAAUACUGCACAAGAAAAUGAUCAACAGCAAAGUAAUCAAUCCGAGUCAAACAGUGGUAAAGGUAGAAGGAAAAGGAUACGUUCAUCAUCCAUUGACAUUGUAUCUGGUGAAUCAAGUGGAGAUUCAAAUGGGCUUAGUUUGAUGGCUAAUUCGUUUAGCAAAUUUGUGACGGGUACACUUGAUCACUUUGAAGCAGUUCUUGAGUCACUUACUCAAGAAGCCGAUGUCAAUAAACACUUGUUUGAGGUGUUGAAUAAGAUAGAAGGGCUGACAGCCGAUGUCAAUAAACACUUGUUUGAGGUGUUGAAUAAGAUAGAAGGGCUGACAGAAGAUGAGGUGAUAGAUGCUGCAUCUAUUAUACUCGAUUCAUCUACAAAAACAAAAGGUUUUCUUCGGCAUGGGGGAAGAAAAACGAGCCAACUAUGUGAAGAACAUGAUUCUACAUGUUGGUAGGUAACGAUAUUGCAUGAUCUUGGUAAUUCUUUAGCUACUACUAGCUCAUAUGUGCCAGGACAAGGUUGCAUAGUUUUUAUGCAGUAAUUUUCAGUCCUUUACAACUUGUUUGUUUAGAAUUUUUUGAAUUUGAAUGGUGUGGAACUACUUGAAACAGUAUUUUGGUUUGGAAAUUUGAAAUUCAAACUUUUAGAAUUUGUUUGUUUUUA